AUGUCGUCAGACAGACUAGCAGCUGGGGUGGACCUGGACUGGGCUCAAGCCCAGCGUCAGUCCAUCUGGGUCCCCGGGGUUCGGGCCUCACUGAAGGCGGUGCUGGGUGCAGCAGGCAGGCCCUCGGCCGGUGAUCGCGAGUGCUUGGAUCAGAGCAGCCCCACGCUGGCCGCUGUCCUGCCCGCUCUCCUGGAAGACUCAGGGCGCCGGCCCGGCGAGCUGGCGGCAUCAGAGCAGCAGGGGAAGGACGACCUUCAGGCGGAAGCCCAGCCGCGCUCCGGGGCGGAUGCGGGAGCCAGCCCCGCUGCCCGGGAGAGACACGGUGCCUGGAGGGCUGGUCGGCCGGUCGCCCCUCGGGGCCUCCCAUGGCAGCCCCCCGGACGUUGGGAAGGACGGCCCCUUCUGUGUGGCUGGCGACGCGCCUCCUCUUCUCUGCACCCCCGUCCGCUCUCGGGACGUUGUCAGCUGCAGCGAUCUCAAAGCAACGGCGCUUUGCUCGUGUCCCGUGCCGCUCUCGCGCCCUGCGUUUCAUGCAUUUCCAGUCUGGUCACCUCCAUCCUCCGUCCGCUCGCCCUGGGCUCGCUGCUCUCAGCCCCUGGAGGCACAGCCGGUCACUGCUCCGAGGCUGUUCUUCCAGCGAAGACCCACGGUGAUCUCAGGGCUGGACUCGCCUGCGCAGCCGUGACCCCGCGCACAUUCACGCACGUGCCAGCAGCCUCUGGGCUGGGCUUUCUGCACCCGGAGGCACCAAGCAAGCGCCAGAUGCACAAAGGAGGGUCUCGCCUGCCGCAGCCCAGAGAGUAGGGAGCCCCGGGCGUCCCUGAGGACGUGCCCUGCUGCCCCUCUGGGCCCUGCACAGUCACCAGAAAUCCCGCCCCCGGGCCCUCCUGAUGCCUC